UGCAGUUGUGCAUCAUGCCGAGGACGCGCGGGGUCAAGGCAGCGCUCCUGUGUUGGACUCUCCGCUCAGUGAAAAUUGCUUGGAGACCGACAGAAACAGUUUCACACAUCGAUGUGUGUGCCACAAAUCUGGUCUCGUACCUCCAACGAAUUCAUCUUACUGACACAUGUGAGCCAAGAAUACAGGAAUAAUCGAGGGAGACGCGUUGGUUUCUGGCUAGUUAAGUUUUAUUUUAAUUAAAAAUUUUACAGGGAGUGAAAUCACUGCUGGUUACGAAAUGUCGGGGAAAAUAGAGAGUAAGCAAGACUCGCAGCGCUCCCACCUCUCCUCCUUCACCAUGAAGCUGAUGGACAAGUUCCACUCUCCCAAGAUCAAGAGGACGCCAUCGAAGAAGGCCAAGCAGUUGCAGGUCGAACCAGUGGUCAAGAGCCAAGAGAAACCCGUCAACAAGAAGGUGAGUCGGCUGGAGGAGCAGGAGAAGGAGGUGGUGAGCGCACUACGCUACUUCAAGACCAUCGUGGACAAGAUGGUGGUGGAGAAGAAGGUGCUGGAGAUGCUGCCUGGCUCGGCCAGCAAGGUGCUGGAGGCUAUUCUACCUCUGGUGCAGGUGGAGGCCCGGAUAACACACAAUUCGGCUGUGUCGUCGUGUCACAACCGGGUGUACCAGAGCCUUGCCAACCUGAUCCGCUGGUCCGACCACGUCAUGCUGGACGGCAUCAACCUUGAUGACAAGGACAACGUGGUCGCGGUCACGACAGUCAUCAAAGCCGUUCUGGAUGGGGUCAAGGAGCUGGUCAAACUCACCAUAGAGAAACAGGAGCAACCCUCCCCCACCACACCCAACAGACCCCCACCACCACCUAUCACUACACCAGAGAGCAGGUCAGAGUUGCCACUGACAGAACGGGAGAGGGAGAUCCUGAGUAAGACCCCGCUCACCGAGACUGUGACGGACAUGGCAGAGGAGGACGUAGCUCCGCCCAAACCCCCCCUCCCUGGCCUGAAAAUGGAUGCGCUCAGCCCUCCUCCAGCUUUGCCCCCAAAGAAGCGUCAGUCGGCCUCGUCGCCCACCCGUGUAGCAGUGGUGGCCACCAUGAGCCGCGGCUCCAGCCUGCCCUGCAGCGUCCACAGUCCGCAGCAGGACUAUGAGCAGGAGUUCCUCCAGAGGCGUUUCUCAGGGGGCAGCCAGUCGUAUGGGUGCGACUCUCAGCGCCUCUCGCCCUACAGCAGCAUGGGGAAGCUCAGCAGGUCUGAAGAGCAGCUCUGCUCCAUGGAACAGGACAGUGGACAGUGCUCCAGAAAUACUAGCUGUGAGACACUGGACAACACAGAGAGUUACGACCCCGACUAUGACUUCCUCCACCAGGACCUCGCUGUCUUCACAGGGGACACCCACCUGCCCUCCACUACCACCCCCUCAGGGGUCAUGUCCCUGUCCCCCCUCCCAGAGUCCCACAGUGAGUGCUGCUCCCCCGUGCCUCCUCACGCCCAGUUCAGGUCACCACCCGCCCCACACCACCAACAACCCCACCCACCCCAGUCUGAGUACUGGACCCCCCAGCCCGGUUCCCACAUCAUCCCCUUGCAACUAUCCCGCAUCAGUGCUCCUCCAGCAUUACCCCAGAAGAAGCGGCGCAGCUCCCAGGUUUCACCUUAUCAGGACGGGUGUGGCUCCUCGGGGGGACCCCUCAACGAGAGGUCCCCCUCCCAAUACGAAAACCUGUCGGAGGAGGAGCUGUUGCACCCCACACCACCCUUUCCCCUCUUCACUCCCAACUCGCCCAUGCCCCAGAGCAACGGGGGGGUGUUCGUGACCCAGUACCUGGCUAGCGAGAACGCCGACCUGCCCUCUAGUCCACCGCCACUGCCUGAGAAGAGGAACAAGCACGUCCUGGCGUACAUGCAGUUUGUGGAGGACUACUCAGAGCCCCAGCCCUCAGUGUUCUACCAGACCCCACAGAAUGAGAGCAUCUAUGAGCAGAGGAACAAACGCUUCCAGGACGUCUAUGGCCUCAACGACUCCUUCAGCAGCACCGACUCGGUCCACGAGCCCCUUCCCAUACCCCUCUUCCCGCCCCCCGCCCUGCCCCCCAAGAAGAGGCAGCUGAGCGUCAACGAGGGUGGCGAGGGCGAGUAUGUCAACCUGUACUCAUCCAGCCAGGUCAAUGGGGAGCUGGAGCUGCCUCCCUGCCUCAGACCAAUCGCUGCUGAUGAUGUCAUUCAAGACCCCGCCCCACAAAUGCACUCCUCCAAUAGCAAGGAGGCUCUGGACAAGGACAGCAGGAGGCAGAAGUCGACAGACUCGGUCCAGAGCGAUGAGGAGGAAGUGGAUGAGCUCUCUCUCAUCGACCACAAAGAGAUCAUGUCCCGGAUAACACUCAAACAGGAGAAUGACGAUGGACCUGAUGUGCGUGCUGGAUCAGGGGAUAUUCUGUUAGUCCACGCCACAGAGACAGACCGCAAAGAUCUGGUGUUGUACUGUGAGGUCUUCCUGACCACAUACAGGACCUUCAUCAGCCCAGAGGACCUCAUUAAGAAGCUCCACUACAGAUACACCAGGUUCUGUCACAGUCCAGACACGUUUAAGAAGCGGGUCAGCAAGAACACCUUCUUUGUGCUCGUUAGACUGGUGGACGAACUGUGUCUGGUGGAGUUAACAGAGGACAUCCUGAAGCAGCUGAUGGACCUGGUGUUCAGGCUGGUGUGUAACGGCGAGCUGAGCCUGGCCCGCGUGCUCCGCAAGAACAUCCUGGACAAGGUGGAGCAGAAGAAGCUGCUGCGCUGCACCAACUCCCUCAAGCCGCUGGCCGCCCGGGGCGUGUCCGCCAGGCCCGGAACGCUGCAUGACUUCCGCAGCCAUGAAAUCGCAGAUCAGCUCACGCUCCUGGAUGCAGAACUUUUCUACAACAUCGAGAUUCCUGAGGUGUUGCUUUGGGCCAAGGAACAGAAUGAGGAAAAGAGUCCCAAUCUGACUCAGUUCACAGAGCACUUUAACAAUAUGAGCUACUGGGUGCGCUCUCUAAUCAUUCAGCAGGAGAAAGGCCAGGACAGAGAGAAGCUGCUCCUCAAGUUCAUUAAGAUCAUGAAGCACUUAAGAAAGUUGAACAAUUUCAACUCGUACUUGGCAAUACUGUCUGCCCUGGACUCAGCCCCCAUCCGCAGACUGGAGUGGCAGAAACAGACAUCAGAGGGAUUGGAGGAAUACUGCACUUUGAUUGACAGCUCGUCGUCUUUCCGAGUGUACAGGGCGGCUCUGGCCGAUGUGGAGCCUCCAUGCAUCCCAUACCUCGGUCUAAUCCUGCAGGACCUGACCUUCGUCCACCUGGGGAACCCUGAUCUCAUCGAUGGGAAGGUCAACUUCUCUAAGCGCUGGCAGCAGUUCAACAUCCUGGACAGCAUGAGGCGCUUCCAGCAAGUGCAUUAUGAGCUGAAGCGCAACGACGACAUUGUGUGCUUCUUCAACGACUUCAGCGACCACCUGGCCGAGGAGGCGCUGUGGGAGCUCUCACUGAAGAUCAAGCCUCGAAACAUCACCCGGAGGCGGACAGAGCGCGAAGAGAAGACCUAGGGGGUGUAGAGGCACGGCGUGGUGCCCAAACCCGGGACCAGGUCCCGCCAAGGGACCUCCACUGUGUUACAGACACUAACUCCACUUUACUAUGGACAGACAUUCAGACGGGAUAGAUGGAUGGAUGGACACAAUCAGUUGGACCUAACUAACUUGGGAAGAGUGACUGACUAGGGCCGGACCAGAGCACAUAUACAGUAGGUUGGAGGAAAAGACUGAUUUAAAAUGACUCUGCACUGCUCUGCUACACUGGGAUAUUAUGGGGUUUUUAUGAUUGACAUGGGAUUGUCUCCACCCCGAACGGCUGUUGGCAGGGGAGAAACUCCUAGCCAAUGGGAGGAGAGAGGAGAAAGACUUGUAUAAGAGACGUCAUGUAAGGAGGAUGUGGAGAUACCGCUCCCCUUCCUCUCCCAUUUUAGUGUGUAAGUGUGAGGUGAAAGCUCCUCUACACCCUGAUACCAACACCCUAUUCCCUUCUCUUCCUCCCUAAAUAGUGUGUUGACCAUUGGGUCAGCCCCUACUGCCCCCCUCCCCUGACUUCACUUCCCUCCAACAUUGAAGGAAGAUAAAGUUCCUUGUAUCCAUGGAAUCUUCAGUAGUCUGGACUGCAGUCUAGGGAAUGAGAAUCUGAGGGUUAGUAGAGGUGGACUGGACUUGUAGCAAGAGUGUAUUUGGGAUAUUGUGUAUUAUUGUUAUUAUUAAUCAUGUAUGGUUGUGAUGUAUUAUACAGUGCUCCUUUUGUUCUUAAAAAGGAUGUUUAUUAUGCUAUUAAGAGAAGCGUUCAGCUUCUACCCAAGUGCCAUAAUAAUGUGCACUCUAAAAAGCAACGCAACAAAAAAAAGACCCAAAAAGAGAAUGACUAAAGAUGCUGUGAUCUAUGUAUGUCAUAUUCAAUCAUUGUGUGCCAUGUUUGAGUGAGAGAACUGCCAGUAGUGUGUGUGUGUGUGAUCUGUGUUUGUCUGUCCAUUGUGUGCUGUAGUUCUUCAUUCUGAUUCCUUUGGAAUAAUCCUGUCAUCCUCAUCACACUAUGCAAUAAAACUGCUCAGUUUCUAUGCA